AUGUUCAAAUUUAAACACCAGUACCUUCUGCCCUCUCCUAAGUUUGGAAGAGUUGGCUUACUUUCAGCAGGUCCUGGCAGUCCUGCUACUGCAACAGUUGAAUCCUUGGACCAUCCCAAUGAUGAUGAUCCAGAAGCUUUCCCAACUCAGGAUCACGCCAUUUUAGAAACAUCUAACUCUCAAUCAUUGGACCCAAGUUUUUAUCUUUUGACACUUCCCAAAUGUAAAAACGCACCCCAGAUCAAACAAGUUCACAGCCAAGUAACUGUGAACGGACUGCUUAAAAAUCUUGUCAUUGCUAAUAAACUUCUUUACAUGUACACAGCGCACAGGGCUGUAACUGAAGCUCAUGGUUUGUUUUGUGGAAUUAAGGAGAAAAAUUCAAUGUCUUGGAGCGUUAUGGUUGGUGGGUUCGCAAAAAAUGGGGACUGUGUAGAUUGUUUUAGGACUUUUAGGGAGUAUAUAAGGUCAGGGGAUCAUCCCGAUAACUAUACAUUGCCCUUGGUGAUAAGGGUUUGUAGAGAUACAACCGACCUCCAAAUGGGUAGAUUGAUUCAUCAAAUUGUACAUAAAUUUGGAUUGCAUUCUGAUCCUUUUGUUGCUGCAGCCCUUGUGGACAUGUAUGCGAAAUGUAAGGUUAUCGAUGAUGCCAAGACGAUGUUUGAUACAAUGCCUGAAAGGGACCUCGUCACUUGGACGGUCAUGAUUGGGGCGCAAACUGAAUGUGGAAGCGCAAACGAGGCCCUUUUGUUGUUUGAUAGGAUGCAAGAAGAAGGUAUUGUCCCGGAUAGCGUUGCUAUGGUAAAUGUUGUUAAUGCUUGUGCCAAAUUAGGGGCUAUGCACAAGGCUAGGCUUGUCCAUGAUUAUAUUUCUAGGAAGAAAUUUUGGUUGACUGUGGUUCUAGGAACUGCGAUGAUUGAUAUGUAUGCCAAGUGUGGGUGUGUGGAAUCUGCUAGAGAGAUAUUUGAUAGAAUGGGAAUAAAAAAUGUAGUAACUUGGACUGCAAUGAUUGCGGCUUAUGGAUAUCAUGGGCGUGGUAGAGAAGCUCUUGACUUGUUCUCUAUGAUGUUAAUGACUGGGAUGGUGCCUAAUAGUAUCACUUUUGUCUCAAUAUUGUAUGCUUGUAGUCAUUCAGGGAUGGUUGAAGAUGGGCUUAAGCUCUUCUCCCUUAUGCAAGAAGGGUAUGGUGUUAGACCAAAUGUGAAACAUUUUACUUGUGUGGUUGACCUCUUGGGCCGCGCUGGGAGACUUGAUGAAGCCUCGAGCUUAAUCAAGAAUAUGGCCAUUGAAAAGGAUGAGGGACUGUGGGGAGCUUUACUAGGGGCAUGUCGAAUUUAUGGUCAUGUUGAACUUGCAGAAGAGACAGCAAGAUCUCUUCUUGAAUUGCAGCCUGAAAAUGCUGGGCAUUAUGUAUUGCUUGCUAAUAUUUAUGCCAGAGCAGGGAAGUGGAAAGAUGUUGCCAGGAUUCGGGAACUAAUGACCCAUCAGAGAUUGAAAAAAGUUCCUGGUUGGACAUGCAUUGAAGUGGAUAACAAAAUCCAUCAAUUUACCAUUGGAGACCAUUCUCAUCCUCAGUCGAAGGAGAUAUAUGAGAAGCUAAAAUGUUUGUGCAAUAAAUUAGAGCUGGCUGGCUAUGUUCCUGACACGAAUUAUGUGUUGCAUGAUGUUGAUGAGGAAUGUAAGCGAGGAAUCUUAUACACACACAGCGAAAAGUUGGCUAUCACAUUUGGUCUCUCUGCGACUCCUGAGGGAAGCCCUAUUAGAAUUACAAAGAACCUAAGGGUUUGUGGUGAUUGUCACACAUUUAUUAAAUAUGUUUCAUUAGUGGCAAAUAGGUUAGUUAUUGUGCGAGAUGCAAAUAGAUUUCAUCAUUUUAAGGAUGGUGCUUGUUCUUGUGGAGAUUACUGGUGAUUGCUGUUUCCACGUUGGUGGGAUGACUCCUCCCUCACCCUACCUAGAAUACAUUGUUUGUGACUAUGUGGAUGCAAAAAUGGCGUCUGUUGUGAAAAUUUGAAAUUUGAGGGUUGUAUACAGACUCGUGGGACACUCUAUGCAGAGCUUCUGCAACUGCUGUUGAUGUGCACUUCUGCCACUGUGAAUGCUAGCUUGGUUGCCUUCACUAUCUUGUGGUCCUUGACGCCGGGCCUCUAGUUGAUUUUAAGUGAUAAAUAUAUUGUGUACAUAGUUAGAGCUAUACUAGCUCCUUGUUUUGACGUCUUCGUUGUCUUCCAAAUGCCUAAAAGCCCCAUGUGAUCACAUCAUUCUGCUAUACUGCACAUGAGUGUUCCACUAACAGAACAAACGAGGAUAUCUCCACAUAUCUGCAUGAUGUUGGCAAGGAACUCGAACGAGGAAUCUUAUACAUACACUCACAGUGAAAAGUUGACAUUGCAUUUGGGCGCUCCUGAUGGAACCAUAUUAGGAUUACUAAGUAUUUUAGGGUCUGUGGUGAUUGUCACACAUUUAUUAAGGAAGGUACUUGUUCUUGUGGAGAUUGCAGGUUAAUGCUGUUUCCACCCUGGUGAGGCCUGCUAAUUGAUUUUGAACUGUUGAGCCCAUAUGCGUCUCAACUUCAGGAUGGAUCAGUUUGGCUCCAUACUUUCUUAAUUGUCUUCCAAAAAACACAAGUUAAAAGCACCAUGUGCUGAUAUCAUUGUCCUACUCCGCUCUCUACAUGUUUCUUCAACCAACAGAACACUCAGUCAGCAUAUCUCUUCAUACCUGCUCUGGGCUUAAGCUGUACUAUCUUCCAGGUCUGUGUCUUUGGAAUCCACAAGGAAUUACUACUAGUGAUUGAAGUGAUAUGUACAGAAGCUUGGGCAUGUUAUUACACCCCCAAAUAAGCAAAGUUGUAAAAGUCCAUACUUUUUAAUUGCUGAAUGGACUUAGUGCAUGUAUAUGUGUGCACCGGUAACUCUUAAGCAUUGGCUAUGCUGCAUUUGCAAAUGUAGUACAAGUCACUGGUCUAGUCUCGAUUCUUGAAGCAAGAAACAUUUC